AUGGCGGGCGGCCCGGCCGCGCUCGCCCUCGGCGUCCUGCUGGCCGCGUGCCACGCGCUGGACAACACCACGGCCGCCCGGAACGCUCCGGUGGCGGCGGCGGUGAGGUCGCACUUCAACGAUUGUCCCGAUUCCCACAGCCAGUUCUGCUUCCACGGCACCUGCCGCUUCCUGGUGCAGGAGGACAAACCGGCCUGCGUGUGUCACUCGGGGUACGUGGGGACACGCUGUGAGCACGCUGACCUGCUGGCCGUGGUGGCAGCCAACCAGAAGAAGCAGACCAUCACGGCCCUGCUGGUGGUGGCCGUGGUGGCCUCGGCGCUGCUCGUCACCGUCUGUGUGCUGCUCCACUGCUGCCGCCUGCGGAAGCGCUGCCCGGGUUGGUGCCGCGAGCACGGAGCAGGCCAGGAGAAACCGGGGGGGCUGCUCAAGGGGGGGACGUCCUGCUGCCACAGCGAGACAGGUGUGUGACGGCCCCAGGACCCCGCUCUCCGCCGCUCCCCGGCCCUUUUUGGGGCGAGUUCCCCCUUUUUCCCCUCGUUUCCCUGGGCAGGAGCCCAGCCCCGGGUUUUCCCUCGGCUUUUCGGGUUGUUUUCCCCCCGGGGGAUUUUCGCCCUCCCAAAUAUUCGGGUUUUCAACCCAAACCCUCCCCUCUGCCCACCCAACGCCAGGAUGGGGCUUUAUUUUUCUACAGAGAAAAAAACAAAACAAAAAACAAAAAACCAAAAAAAACCUCGCCCCCGGCUGAUUUUUGGGGACAAAUCCCAGCUUUUUUAUUAAUAAUAAAUGAACUUAAAUCCCAGGAAACCUCCUCGGGUUGGAGCUCCAACCUCUGGCACGGCCUUAAUUUCCCUUUUGGUCCUUCCUCGUAACCAUCCCGGAGCUUUUCCCUCUGUUUUUGGGGUUGUUUUGGGGUUUUUUUGGGUCGUUUCAGGUUUUGGUUGGUUUUUUUUUUUUAAGUCAUGGUUACUCUCAUGUGUCUUCUGUAUAUGUUGCACUGAAAGUUAAUAUUUAAUGUUUUAAUUUAUUU